UGACGUCUCCCAAAAUAAGUACCAAUUAUAUUAGGGCUGAUUCGCCAUAUUAUUUUUUGUCGAUUUGGGGAAAAUUAGAACCUAGAAUGGUAUCGUUACUAUCUUAACCCCCUAAAAAUAACUGACGACGCAAAGAAAUUUUAGAGAAAUUUCGUGAAAAAUUGUCAAGUUUUUUCAAGAUUGAAACACGAUAAACCUUAAUAAUGCUUGAGGGAAUACUCGAAGUCUUUAACAAACUGGUCAUCAGUAAUGGAGCUAGAGAUGAUGAUGCCGUCGACCAGUUCCAUCAUUUUAUAUCUGUAGCAUUAUUUGCUGCUUUAGCCGGUGCUGUUGGCGCAAAACAGUACGUUGGUGAUCCAAUUCAUUGCUGGGUUCCUGCUCAUUUCGCUGGGUCACAUCAAAACUAUGCUGAGAAUCUCUGUUGGAUUUCACGAAUGUACAGAAUACAUAUGGAUGAUCCUAUACCUACUGAAAUAGAGAAGAGGAUAGAAAACGACGUUGGAUUCUAUCGUUGGGUACCGGUUAUGUUCCUCUUGAUGGCCUUGAUGUUCAAACUUCCAAACGUCAUGUGGACAGAAUGUAAAGCAUACUCUGGUAUACGAAUUCCGAAGAUAGUUGGUAUGGCCGAUCAAACAGUUUUAAUGUCUCCGGAAAAACGAGAUGCGAAAAUAGGAGAUAUUGCGUUAUUCAUUGACAGAUGGCUGCUAUCCUAUCGAGUUUACAAAUAUAACAUAUUUAUCCGAGCAAGAGAAAAGGUUUCUGGUGUUUUCUGUUUCUGUUUUGGAAAACGUCAUGGUACUUUUUUGACUGGACUGUAUCUCUUUAUGAAGCUCUUAAACUGCAUCAACGUUAUCAGCCAAUUCUUUAUUCUCUCCGACUUCUUGGAUAUCAAUUUCGUUACAUAUGGAUGGGAAGUAAUUUCUCACUUGAACCAGGCCGGUAGUUUUGAAGAUCUUGACCUCUUCCCACGUAUCGCCCUCUGUGAUUUCCAGAUCCGUCAGUUAGAAAACGUACAACGCCAUACCAUGCAGUGUGUAUUAUCUAUCAAUUUGUUUGUUGAGAAAAUGUUCGCUAUUGUUUGGUUUUGGUUGUUUAUUUUAUCCAUUGUUUCUAUAGUCAACUUCUUGAAAUGGACCUACAACAUCUUCUUAACCUCCAGAAAGGAAAAAUUCAUUCAGAAAUAUUUGGGAAUGUUAGAAAUGGAAUUAGGUACGAAAGAAAAGAAGCUGGUAGAUAAAUUUGUAAAUGAGUAUUUACGAGAUGAUGGAUGUUUCUUGUUACGUGCUGUGAGCUACAAUACCAGUUCUAUGUUGACCUAUGACCUUCUUAAAAAAUUGUGGGAUUUAUUCAAAAAGGCUCAAGAUGAUAAAGGGGAUUACUAAUGUUGAAAUGUUGUAAUAUGAAAACUUGACGAUGAAAAGCCCAAAAAUAUGAAAAAUGCAGUCUCUGGGAUAGCCACCAUUUGCAAUGUUAGCAAUAAGAAAAUGUAUGCUUCGUUAGUUACAUGUGUAUAUAUUAUUAUAAUUGGUAAAUGGGAAACGUAUGUUAGCAUUGUUCAUUUUAGAUCACAUGUAGUGAAUUAUUAUGUCUCCUAUCAAUGAAUAUCCCAGUUACACUCUAUGUGAAGUUCUGUAAACAUUAAGUGAAAACGACGUGUAUGAAGAGCAUCUGUUAAGAAGUAUAUAUUUCUGGUGUUCAUGUAUAUGUUUGUAAACCAUGUUAAGGGACUGUUCAAUAAAAAGACGGAUUGAUUGAAUAACAACACAUGUAAAAUCAAAACACAUAUAAUUAUGUGCAAUAUAAUGACAGUGCUAUCUAUAUACCACAUUAUUUUUUAUAGCAAGCACUAUUUAUAUUAAAACAUCGCGUGCAUCAUUACAUCUCUGCGAACAAAUAAACAAUCUUCCGGUUGUUCAAAACAAAACUGAGGCUGAAAAGACAGCCAUAUUGAUCCAUUAAUAUUUUCAAUUUACAAAUUGGCAUUUUUUUUAUAUCUUAUAUGUUUUAAAUAUGAGAAAUAUUUCAGAUGAGCUUAUCUGAAUUCCUUUUAUAAGGCUCUGCAAUUUAAGACAAUGUUCCCUCUUGCACAAUUCAAAUCCCUUUGUCAAGGAAUUCACUGGGUAUUGAAUGGGCAUUUUGUAAAUACAUGUACUUCAUUUUACAUUGCAUUUUAACCCUUUAAAUACAUAGUUAUGAUAUUAUGUAUGCCUUUUGGUGGGCAUUUUCUGAUGAUAUAUUUAUACAAUGUUAAAGGUCUCCAAGUGAAAGGAACAAUCUCUUGAUGAAACCAAAACUUUAGCUAACUGCUUAUCACAAUAUGUGACUUCUCACUUUUUCUUGUGAAAGAAUGCCUUAUAUGAUUUUUAUAUGAUUCCGAUGAGUUCCUGACUGCUGAAGAUAUAUUCUUAUAAUUAGAUGAUAUAUUUUGCCUUUAAUCAUCAAGUUAUCUGAUGUAUCUUCAAGUGCAUUUGUUUUCUUUUUAGAAAGGUCUAUUUUUUUAAUGUGUCUUCCUAUGUGUUUUUACAUAUGAUAUACAACACAUUGGUUCUUCAUGUUUUAAAGUUGAGAUUCGAUUCUUAUGCUUUAUAUUAAUAUGAUCUUUAGACAGUAUAUUUUUUGUAAAAUAAAGAAGUAAAACAC